CCCACUGGAUUUCGCAAAGCGAGUCGUCAUCUGCAGCAGCUCCAUGGCGAGGGAGGAGGGAGCGGCGGCCCCGGCCUCUGCUGCUUCAAUGUGAAACCCCAAGCCAGGGGUGGGGGAUCCUAGGGGGGGCACAGGCCAAAUACAGCCUCCUGCGGCGCGCGAUUGCUUCCCCCCUCGCUGGGAUUUACCCUCCGCGCGGCGGCGGCGGCGGCAGCAGCCAUGAACUCCGCGGAGCAGACCGUUACAUGGCUGAUCACCCUGGGCGUGCUGGAGUCGCCCAAAAAGACCAUCUCGGACCCCGAGGGGUUUUUGCAAUCGUCUCUGAAAGACGGGGUGGUGCUGUGCCGGCUGCUGGACCGCCUGCUCCCGGGCACCAUAGAUAAAGUUUAUCCGGAGCCCCGGACCGAGAGCGAGUGUCUGAGCAACAUCCGCGAGUUCCUGCGCGGCUGCGGCGCCUCCCUCCGCCUGGAGACUUUUGACGCAAAUGAUCUGUAUCAGGGACAGAACUUCAGCAAGGUUCUCAGCUCCCUAGUUGCUCUAAAUAAAGUAACUGCAGACAUUGGGCUAGGAAGUGAUUCCGUAUGUGCACGGCCCUCAUCUCAUCGGAUAAAAUCUUUUGAUUCCCUUGGAUCCCAGUCUUUGCACAGUAGAACUUCAAAACUCUUUCAGGGACAGUAUCGAAGUUUGGACAUGACCGAUAACAGCAAUCAUCAGCUGGUGGUGAGAGCAAAAUUCAGUUUUCAACAGACCAAUGAAGAUGAACUUUCUUUUGCAAAAGGAGACAUUAUUCAUGUCACGAGAGUGGAAGAAGGAGGCUGGUGGGAAGGGACUCACAAUGGCAAAACAGGAUGGUUUCCUAGUAACUAUGUCCGAGAAAUAAAAUCAAAUGAAAAACCAGUCUCCCCCAAAUCAGGAACACUGAAGAGUCCUCCCAAAGGUUUUGAUACGUCUGCAAUUAGCAAAAGCUAUUACAAUGUGGUGCUACAAAAUAUUUUAGAAACAGAAAAUGAAUAUGCUAAGGAACUACAGACAAUGCUUUCAAACUACUUGCGACCGUUACAAGUCAGUGAAAAAUUAAACUCUGCAAAUACUUCAUAUUUAAUGGGAAACCUGGAAGAAAUCAGUUCUUACCAGCAAAUUCUUGUACAGUCAUUAGAAGAAUGCACCAAGUUGCCUGAAGCUCAGCAAAGGGUCGGAGGAUGCUUUCUAAAUUUAAUGCCACAAAUGAAAAACUUAUACCUUGCAUACUGUGCCAACCACCCGUCAGCAGUAAAUGUUCUCACAGAACACAGUGAGGAACUAGGAGAAUUUAUGGAAAUGAAAGGUGCCAACAGCCCUGGGAUCCUUGUAUUGACCACUGGCCUCAGCAAACCUUUCAUGCGCCUGGAUAAAUACCCCACGUUACUCAAAGAGCUUGAAAGGCACAUGGAGGAUUAUCAUCCCGAUCGACCAGACAUUCAGAAAUCCAUGACAGCCUUCAAAAACCUUUCUGCACAAUGUCAAGAAGUACGGAAAAGAAAAGAACUUGAACUCCAAAUACUGACAGAAGCCAUCCGCUGCUGGGAGGGAGAGGACAUUAAAACACUGGGCAAUGUAAUUUACAUGUCCCAGGUCAUGAUUCAGUGUGCUGGAAGUGAGGAAAAGAAUGAAAGAUAUCUUCUUCUGUUCCCUAAUAUUUUGCUUAUGUUGUCUGCCAGCCCUAGGAUGAGUGGGUUUAUCUAUCAGGGAAAACUGCCAAUGACAGGAAUGACCAUCACAAAGCUAGAAGACAGUGAAAAUCACAAAAAUGCAUUUGAAAUAGCAGGAAAUAUGAUUGAGCGGAUAUUAGUAUCAUGUAACAACCAACAAGAUUUGCAUGAAUGGGUGGAUCAUUUGCAGAAGCAAACCAAAGUUACAACUGUUGGGAAUCCCACUAUUAAACCUCAUUCUGUGCCAUCUCACACCCUUCCUUCUCAUCCAGUAACACCAUCCAGCAAACAUUCAGACAGCAAACCAAUACCACUGACUCCUGCAUACCACACGCUUCCACAUCUUUCACAUCAUGGGACUCCACAUACCACUAUAAACUGGGGACCUCUGGAACCUCCUAAAACUCCCAAACCUUGGAGCUUGAGCUGUUUACGACCUGCACCUCCACUACGGCCUUCAGCAGCUCUCUGUUAUAAAGAGGAUCUCAGUAAAAGCCCUAAAACCAUGAAAAAGCUGCUUCCCAAGCGUAAGCCUGAACGGAAGCCAUCAGACGAAGAGUUUGCACUGAGAAAAAGUACAGCUGCAUUGGAAGAAGAUGCUCAGAUUCUUAAGGUCAUUGAAGCGUACUGCACAAGUGCCAAAACGCGCCAAACACUAAAUUCAACAUGGCAAGGCACUGACCUGAUGCAUAAUCACGUCUUGGCUGAUGAUGACCAAUCAAGUCUAGACUCCUUGGGUCGUCGCAGUAGCCUUUCUCGUUUGGAGCCUUCAGACCUCUCAGAAGACUCUGACUAUGACAGUAUAUGGACAGCCCAUAGUUACAGAAUGGGGUCUACAUCUCGUUCCCGUAAAGAGUCUGCUCCCCAAGUGUUGCUUCCAGAGGAAGAGAAAAUUAUUGUAGAAGAAACAAAAAGCAAUGGUCAGACUGUGAUCGAAGAAAAAAGCCUUGUUGACACAGUAUAUGCAUUAAAGGAUGAAGUACAGGAAUUAAGACAGGAUAACAAAAAGAUGAAGAAAUCUUUAGAAGAAGAGCAAAGAGCUCGCAAGGACCUGGAAAAGCUUGUUAGGAAAGUGUUAAAGAAUAUGAAUGAUCCUUCUUGGGAUGAAACCAAUUUAUAACUAAUUUACCAUUGUUUGUUUCUUUCUAUUGAAAGACCAGUUGUCAAAUCACGCUGGGAAGCCUUCUGACUAGUCAGUGUUGCUUCAAGAGCACUACAAAGCAGGAUUUAACUGGAUCUAGUGAUUUUUUUUUUUUUUGCUUCUAA